AUGGAACGUUGGUCCGGUAAGGUUGCAAUAGUGACAGGAGCCAGCUCUGGCAUCGGAGCAGCCCUCAGUCUGCAUCUCGCGAACCACGGUCUCAAAGUCGUGGGACUAGCUCGCAGGGCGAAUCUUAUUGAUGAUCUUGGUUCGAAAGUAACGGGGAAAGGCAGUAUAACUUCCAGACAAUGUGAUAUUUCUAAGCCUAAGGAAAUCGAAGCCGUUUUUCAAUGGGUGGAGCAGAAUUUCGGCGGGCCCGAUAUACUUGUUAACAACGCUGGAUUUUUAAAACCUGGCAAUAUUACCGAUCUUGGAAACAACGCUCUAAGCGACGAAGAUAUUAUAUCUACCCUCGAUGUCAAUGUCAAAGGGAUGGUCAUGUGCACGAGAUACGCUAUUUCAUCCAUGAAAAAGAGAAAUUUUAACGGUCAUAUAAUAAACAUUAACAGUUUAGCCGGACACUACGUACCUUUUGAAACAUCAUUCAACGUGUACUCCAGCACAAAGCACGCUGUUACCGCUUUCACGAGUGCCCUUAAUAAUGAACUGGCUAAAUUCAAGAGUGAAAUCAAGGUUGCGAGUAUCUCCCCUGGACUUGUGCAUACGGAAAUGGUCAACGACUACAAAGGAGAUAUGCCUAUUCUAAAACCAGAAUCCGUAGCAGAUGCAAUAGUUUACGUUCUAUCCACGCCUCCGAAUGUAAACAUUUCUGAGCUAGUGAUUGAACCGACAUCGGAGAGAAGGCUUUAAUUUAAUCAUAUUUAUUAUGGCACAAAUACGACUAUUCAGCUAGAUGAAGACGAAAAAACUGCCGAGGAAGCUACACCCAAUAUUGAUGUGCCAAAUUGUAGUAAUGCACGCAAUAUGUCGAGCUUCAAAGUCCACAGCGGUGAUUGGGCCGGUUCUCCAGACUCUUUGUCGCUUGGAUUUGUUGACUGGCUCUGCAAAAUUUUGAAAUAAAAAUAUUAAAGCAAAACGUCAAACCACCGGAAAUAAAUAAAAGGGAUAGGUAUUGGGAAGAUAAAGGAUAUAAAGAAUUGUUUGACAGGAAAUAUGUAACUACAGGAGACAGUUAAGGUGCCUGAUAAAUAAAAUUCUGUUUCUGUACAAGUUUAAUUAUAUUAUUUACACCAGAAUUAA